UUUCUAUAAAAGAAAACCAAGGAAGUGAAUUUUCAUCAGUUGCGACUAAAGUCUUACCGACAAUAUGAAGUGGCUGAGCUUGGUUUUUGUUUUUGGUCUAUUGGCCAUGGCAAAUGCAUCACCUCUGGUUCCGGAUAACGUUAUUAUCAAUGGAGAUUGUGUAAAGUGCAAUGUGCGAAGCUAGGAUGGAGGCUAAAAAAAAAAAGAAUUUACUUCUUGUAACCAAAAUAUAAAGAAAAUAAAAAUUCUUUACAUAUUA